ACGAAAAAAGGUGGACGAUAGAUCCUAUAGAGCGAUUUGACAAACUUUUUGAGCUCCAUUUCUGGUCUGGAAUCUUUGGAUUCGAAGAGGAAAAAAGUAGAAAAAUGCCAAGAACCACUACUUUAAUCUUGUUUCUUCUAGGUCUAUCUUCAACUUUUGCUGUCUGCUUCUCAACCAACAUUCUUUCUCUCGGCAAGAGAAAAUCUGAUCGACUCCUCUCCUCGGCCGUGUUUCCCCUCAAAGGAAACGUGUAUCCUCUUGGGUAUUACUCUGUCUCUAUCAACAUUGGCAAAGGAACUGAGGCUUUCGAAUUUGAUAUUGACUCUGGAAGUGACCUCACCUGGGUUCAAUGUGAUGCCCCUUGUACAGGUUGCACAAAGCCUCGGGAGCAGUUAUAUAAACCCGACAAUAAUGCUUUGAAUUGUUUUGAACCACUGUGUGCAUCGCUCCGCCCCACAACCAACCACCAAUGUGAGUCCGCAGAUGAACAGUGUGAGUACGAAAUCGAGUAUGCUGACUAUGGAUCGUCGCUGGGUGUGUUGGUCAAUGACCAGGUCCCCUUGAAACUCACCAAUGGUUCUCUUGCUGCUCCUCGUAUAACAUUUGGAUGUGGAUAUGAUCAUAAAUAUUCUCUUCCACACUCACCUCCUCCUACAUCUGGAGUUCUUGGCCUUGGCAAUGGCGAAGUUAGCAUUAUCUCGCAACUUAGUAAAAUGGGCGUAGUGCGAAACGUCCUAGGUCAUUGUCUAAGUGAACAGGGUGGAUUUAUAUUUUUUGGAGAUGAACUCAUUCCUUCUUCAGGAGUAGCAUGGACAAGUAUGUCCUAUGAAUCCAUAGGAAAUUACUACUCUUCCGGACCUGCAGAAGUCUAUUUUGGUGGAAAAGCUGUGGGUAUCGAGGAUCUUACGGUAGUUUUUGACAGUGGGAGCUCUUACACGUACUUCAGCUCUCAAGUUUAUGACCGCAUUCUUGCUAUGGUGAGGGAGGAUUUGAGAGGAAAGCCACUGAAAGAUGCACCGGAGGACGAAUCUCUUCCGAUAUGCUGGAGAGGCACGCACCCUUUCGAGUCGUUGCUUGAUGUAAAGAACUACUUCAAGCCCUUGGCAUUGAGCUUUACAAAUUCUAAGAAUUCUCAAAUUCUACUGCCUCCAGAAACUUAUCUCAUCAUAACUAAAUAUGGGAAUGUUUGCUUUGGGAUUCUGAAUGGCACUGAAGUAGGACUAGGGGAUCUCAACGUUAUUGGUGACAUCUCUCUGCAAGAUAAAAUGGUGAUCUAUGACAACGAGAAGCAACAGAUCGGAUGGGUUUCUACCAAAUGCAGUAAAUUUAGAAAGGAAGAUCAGGGCUUUGAGCAAGGACUUUGUCAAUCGGAAGAAGGCCCUUUUAGUAUCCUUACAGGGCAUUAUCGUGAGUACGCCUCCAAGAUCUUCAGGAGAGCUUAAAAUAGUUAGAAUGUCAGAAACUCAAACUCGAAAACUUGUAUAUUCCGUUGUUAGUUUACAAGUAUACGUGGUCGUUUUCUCCCCUUUACAAUGUGAUAGGUUGAUGAAGUCAAUAGGCUAGUUAUAAUAGAAUACACGAGGCUAGUUAUAGAAUACAAAUGAGAUCAUGAAAGAAAGUCUUGUACAAAUGUUCUCAAUUGCACACUAAAAAAUUGAGACUGGUAUUAUGAUGCCAUUUGUACGUUGUUAUUUAUCCAUGUUUUUAUUAAUUGAAAAGUUUGACAUCA